CAAGACUACAAGAGCCGGAACGACGAGGAGGAAAGAUCACCGAGUCCCAGUCCGGGCAGAAAUAACGUGCGCAGCAGUCAGAUGCUGAGGGAUUUGGCUGGAGGCGACGAGGAUGAGGAGGAUGAGGAUGAGGACGAGGACGAGGAGACGUUACAGCUGAAGCUGGCAGAGAUACAGGCCAAGCUGAGAUUGAAGAAGCUGCAGAGAUCCGGCUCCACAAAGAGUAAUAGCAAUGGACUGCGCAAGAAUGAAGACAGCAUGCGCCCUUCAACGUCAGCUUCUCCUCGGAAAUUGUACGAGUCUGCUCUGCCACAACCUGCAAUACAGGUCCCGCUUUCGCCCUCCUCAGACCAGAGACCAGGCACGGAUGUUUCCCCAGCGCGAGCAAGACUUGGCUUGACUGCAAACCCUAGGGCCGCAGAUGUGUCACUGAAGAGGCCUCGAGAUCCGAACCAGAUCAAGCGCUCCACAUCUCUGCAUGCGCUGCGAGCAGCAAAAGAGGAGCCAGCGAAAGUCUCCAGCUUCAGCCAGCGACUGGCAGAAAGCAAGCAGAAGGACGAGCAGAAACAGGCCAAGCAAGAUAGGCUGAAGGAAGUACGAAGUUCAGGUUUUGGUCACGUUAGGACAGAGUCAACUGUCAGUUCCAGGUCAGGUAGUAGUGCAAGAUCAGGGCCAUCAUCGACUGGGCGUAUCUCGAGGCUGGCCGAGGCUGGUCGUGAUGCAACCGCGGGGCGGGUACCUGCGAGACAUGUGCGAUCGGAGUCCACCAUCUCGCAGUCAUCCUCGACGCGACAGGCUCGCUGCGAGAUCACUUCCCGACCGCAGGCCAGCAAGAUCUGGGCAGGUAGUGCUGGUGGUGCAGAGAAUGGCACGGGUCACGAGGAACCGGAAGAUGAGACGAUACCAGACGUCGACGAUACCGGCGGAAGCACAGGCUAUGACCCGUUCUCGAAGAUCCACCUCAAGAAGCGGCUUAUUGGACAUGAAGUGGUGGCCCGAGAGAUGGCCAAUCGAGAGGUGUAUACCUUACCCAGGCUGUUACGCGAAGUCAAAUCCCCCGACUAUGAGCCUCCAGACUGUGAAGCCGACUAUGUUGUGUUUGCCGUGCUAGCCUCCAAAUCAAGCCCCUUUGAUCAUGCUCAGACGCAUCGAAGUACGGACAAGCAUGGCGAAGAUCAAUUGGAGGCACCCAAGAACAAAUUCAUGGUUCUCCAUCUCUGCGAUCUGAAAUGGGAGAUUGACUGCUUCUUGUUUGGCACAGCCUUUAACCAGUUCUGGAAACUGACUCCAGGUACGUUGCUCGCGAUCAUGAAUCCGGCGAUCCUGCCGCCCAAAGGCAACCAGCACAGCGGGAAAUUCUCCAUCAAGUUGGGCAGCUCGGAAGACUGUGUCAUGGAAAUUGGCAGCGCUCGCGAUCUCGGAUACUGCAGCGCCAUCAAGAAGAAUGGCGAACCGUGUGGUGAAUGGAUCGACACCCGCAAAGCCGAAGCGUGCGAGUUCCACAUCAAUCUCCAAAUCGAGAAAGCUCGAAAGGGAAGAAUGGAGGUCAACACCAUGUUCAACGAUGGCACCAAAGAUGGCGACGCUACUUUUAAGAGAGGGAGACGGAUUGCCACUGGUCGGGCGGGAGAACGGUCGAAGAAGGAUGCGAAGGGGGUGACGCACCACCGAGAAUAUGGAACGUUGUACAGUGUUGGGGGAACGGGAGGCAAGAGCGCAGCGAGCUUGUUGGAUGAUGAUGAUAAACGAAUCUACGACGAUAUGAUGGGCGAAGAGGCAUCUCGAAAACGGGUGGCGGCUGCACAGAAAGAUCGCGACAUUGCAAAACAGCUCGGACAGAUGGGGCAUGGGACGGGCGCGGAGAUGAUGAGGAACUCCAAACACGUCCGCACCACGUUGACCACGAGCCACACGAAAGUUCUGAGCAGUGCAGAAGAAGCUCGCGAAUCGCUCUUUAGCAAGAAAUCGGCGGCCGAACUGGGAUUGCUGGCGAGGAAGUCGGAUCAAAUUAGUCUGGAGCCUGCCAAGGAUCGCAAGAAACAUUUCGGGCUGGGAGCGGUAUCCAUGUCGAGCAGAAGUACGGCGAACAAGUCUUCCAACGCCAUGGGGUGGGGUGGAGCGAAGAAAGCUGGUCUGCUGCAACCAAAGGAGGGCAACAGCAGAUUGGCCAGUCCGGAGCGUGGACAGACGACAUUACGGUCGAAUCUGGUGCGGGCGAGAGAAAGUGAGGAUGGUGGUGGCAGUACCGUGCGAAGUUCGGGGAGUCAGAGUCCUACGAAGAAGAGAGCUCGAUUUAUGCUUGACAAAGGGAUUAGGGAGCCUGGGAGGGAGAGUUUACCUGGACAGCAGCAGCAGAAGCUGUAUAAUGACGAUGACGACGACGAUGAUGAUGAUGAUUUGGAUAUUGUGUAGUACCGGUACCUUAGUAGUAGGCUAUCCCAGCUCGGCGGAGCUGAAUGUGCCUACUCAGAUUGGGGGACUACUUGACCUACUUGUUGUAUUAUUA